AAUGCCACAGCCCAAUGGGAGAGUCCAUCAGUAGCAUCGCACAGCAUCACCAGCAACCAUCCCGUUACAGAGGCUCGAACAGUGCGAGAGGUUCCCGUAACGGAUCUGAGAGACGCUGACACCACCGACUCGGUCUCUCACACUGAUAGCACCUAUAUUUCCACAACCAACCGAGUCAGAGAACGCACGCUGCUCUCUGUAACCUCCAACAGCACCUCUGUGUACACUGAGGACUCCAACUCCUCUGAUGCUGUCUCUCAAACUUCCAAAUGGGAAGUAAGAGUGUCGGGAGCCACCCAGGGCAAGGAGGAAACCGUAGAAGAUGUAUCUACAUUGUCUGAACAGACUGAGCCCACUUUUGAAGAUCAUAAUGCCACCAAUGCAACUCAAGGCCACUCUUUGGAGACUGAGUGGUCAACAUUGUCCCACGGCACUGAGUCACAGACUGGCCAAUCUAAUGUCACAGGACAGACCUUUGAGCAGGUGUCUGAUAAUGACAAUCCAAAUUCAACACCCCCUCUUACAAUGAUCAACAGAGAUAAAGGGGAAGUGGACACCACAUAUGUGACUAGUGGGGUAUCUUAUACAGAAACCAGUGACUCUGUGUCAUCUAUCCCACCUUUUACCUCCGGUGAACACAAUGCCACUAGCACAUCCCAACAGAGCCAUGAUUCCACAGUGACUUAUCCCCUGGAUACUGAUGCUUCCACUGAGUUUUCUACUGGAUCUGUCAGCUCAACUGGCCAUGAGGAACCCGAAGGGUCUCCAGCCCAAACAGUGGAGGAGACAACAAUUCAGGGCGUGACCACUGCACCCCCAGUGCUCGAAGAUGUAGCCACCACAACUGAUGACUCAUUUACGAAGUUCGUUGCUGGCAAACCACCCUUCGUCCCAAACACUGAUAAUCAGACCAACACAGAAGUGGUUCCAACAUCUGCCAUGCCAGCAACUCAGAGGCCACGGGUUACAGAGGAAGCCACUGAUGAGGCAUCUACUUUUUACAGUUCUACCAACACUUUCACUACAAUGAUUCCUCCCGUCACCACCCGUCGGCUCCAAACGAGCACCACACCGCAAGCCCAAACAGAACACACUACCAUCGUUACCACAGAUGUUGUUCAGGUGGUGCGGACGACACCCACCACAGCCCAGCUUCCACUUACCUCCCCUACUGGUGGACCUCAGGCAUCCAGUACAUCUGAUUCUGCUGACGUCACCACCUUGCACUUAGAAACCAGCACGGCAACGCCAGGGAACAGUACUGCACAUGGCAGACGUGCAACAACACCUUACAGCAAGAGCACCUCGACCAAGACCACUGUGGUGGUAACCACCAGGAAUCACACGGACAGAAGCACCACAGAGAUGGGAACGACGACCAUACAGAUGCCUUUUAGGUCAACAGCAUCACCAGAUUGUGUGUGUGGGCCUCAAACUUGUGCAAAUGGAGGCCGCUGUGUUAGAUCAACUAAAGGAAGUUACCACUGCCAGUGUCUGCCUGCAUGGACAGGACCCUUCUGCACGGAAGAUGUGGAUGAGUGUGUGAGAAGUCCGUGCCCACAGGGUUCAGUGUGUGUCAACACAGGUGGCUCUUUCAGCUGUGAAUGUGCCCUGGGCUUUGACUUGGAGGAUGGCCGCAGUUGUACACAAGUGAAGACAUUUUUGGGCACUUUCACCGUCAACAGCUCAGUGCAUCUCAGAAGUUCAGGUCUGCAUGAGCUACACAGAGAGAUUUUACAGCUGGUAUGCAACAUUGUACUCUAUCACCUGACUCUCACACCAUUGCGUCUCACACCUGACUUCUUCACCUUACAGCCUUACAACCCACAGCCAAUCAGCUAA